AUACUCUUAUAUAAAAGACAUGAGGGAGAUGUUGGACCAUAUGUCGUGGAGGUACGUCAUCUUUUACUUACGAUUAAAACAGGCUUAUCUGUCUCAGGAUCUGACCAACGCCAUGAACAUCUUGCCGGAGAGUCGCCGGAAUGAUUACGUUCUAGCCGCAAACCAACUAGUGGAAAACAUGAGUGAGUUGGACUUUUACGUACGGACGCCAAAGGUUUACGAGUCGUAUCUCUACUACGAGAAGACAUUGAAAUCGAUAGACGACGUGGUGGAGCUUCUUGCUUAAUUGUAUUUGUGUUGUAUAUGAUAUAUAUCUCUCUUCACAUGAAAUCUCUGUACUCAUUACAUUAUGUUAUGUCAUAUUACAUCUUAUAUAAUGUGAAGAAAUUCAAGAAGCGGUUAGGACUU